ACCCGAGACGCGCUCAGCAAACUGCGAGAGAGAUCAGAGGGGCCGGGGAAGCUCGAGCUGGGGGGAGAGAGAGGCGAUCCCCCCCCCGCCCCGUUUGACCCUCUGGCGCGCACGCCCUCUGCACCGCUCCAAAGACGCAAUAUUGGAGCAGAAGGCGGAAAAGAGGAUUGCGGUUCUCAGCUGAACUCUCCCACCCCCGCUUCCUUCUUAAAGCUCUGAUUUUUGUAAUACUGGCCAGGCUGGAUUAGGGUGCCUUGCUUGGGCGCCCGGAGGGUGCGGCCAAGUGGGAGGAAGAGAUGUCUAAGGCCGGAGGGAAAGUUGUGCUGAUGCUGAGCCUGGUGCUUUUGACCACUUUGCUGGCUGCGGUGAAGGGGCUGCCCUUGAGGAAGCAGCGCAGCAACAGCCCCAGGGAAAGGAACUACAGACUGGUGGAGAUUUCCACUUCAUCAGAUAUGGCUUCAAUCAGAGAAGAUGAGAUGCCAAGGGCCAACAAAGUUCGGAACCUGAGGCAAAAUGGACAGGUCUCACCACGUCGGCACAAACGCCGUUGGCCAUCGCAGCAUGUGACAAGGAACCAUUUAGCAUCACUUCAGCCUGCUGACCUAAUCCAGGAAGAGAGCACACCUUUUCUGCUGGAUUUACAGAACCUGCCAGGCUUAGCUAAUGUGGAUUUGAGUGCCCAGAACCCAAACAUACAGGUGACUAUAGAGGUAGUAGAUGAUCCUCAGGCUGAGAUGGAGAUGGACCUAUUGAAGGAGACCAGCAAUGACUGGUCUCUGACUUCUUCUGAAUGGCUGUCCCACAAAGACCUCUUCUGGCCCCUCUUCUGGGAGUACACAGACCCUGUGGAGGAGAGGGAUGAAGAUGGCAACUUGGAUAGGAAGAACCAAGAGGAAGAGGAGGAAGAAGAGGAGGAGGAAGAAGAGGACUAUACAUCAGAGUAUGAUGAGGAGGAGACAGUUCUGAGUGGAGUGGGAGGAGACUGGGACCAGAGGUGGCCCAGUCAGAAGAACUGGAUCUUUAAAGAGAAGUACAACUAUGACUAUGAAGAUGAAGAGGAGUGGAGCUCUUGGUCCCCCUGCAGUGUCACCUGUGGCAGUGGCAACCAGAAGAGAACCCGGUCUUGUGGCUAUGCUUGUACUGCCACGGAGUCAAGAACCUGUGAUCUGCACCACUGUCCUGGAGCAGAUGGGGAGUUGGCUUUUGCCACUGAAGAGCCAUCAUUUGAAGCUGAGAAUGCCACAGAGAACUUAAACUCAGAUGUGGACAGUUGUGAGAAGUGGCUGAACUGCAAAAGUGACUUCCUCAGCAAAUACCUGAGCAAAGUACUUUCGGACCUUCCCAGCUGUCCCUGCUCUUACCCUCUGGAAGCCGUGUACAGCGCUGUGAACUUGCGAGAUGAGCAGCAGGGCAAAAACUUCCGCUGGCGGGAUGCCAGUGGGCCUAAGGAACGGCUGGACAUCUACAAACCCACCGCCCAUUUCUGCCUGCGCUCCAUGCUCUCCUUGGACAGCACCACACUGGCUGCCCAGCAUUGCUGCUAUGAUGAGAACACCAAGCUGAUUACCCGAGGCAAGGGGGCUGGUGCUCCCAACCUCAUCAGCACAGAGUUCUCCCCAGAGCUUCACUACAAAGUGGACAUGCUGCCUUGGAUCCUCUGCAAGGGAGACUGGAGCCGGUACCAUGCUGUGCGGCCUCCCAAUAAUGGGCAGCAGUGUGCAGACAAUCCCCCAGAGGAAGAGUACCUGGCUCAGCUACAGGAGGCCAGGGAGUAUUAGCAUAGACAGAAAGUGGGGCCAUGAAAGGAGAGCAGUUUCAGUUUCCUACAGAACUUGCUAAGAGCACAUGGCAGGACCAGGGUUUUCCCCCCUUUUUAAAUCAGCAAAGGCCCCUGGUUAAGAGUGGCUGCAAAGUUGUCCCUUGCUUUUCAUUCUCUUGAUAACAAGGUAGCCUGUAGGAAAGCUAUGCAACAGUGGCUCUGGCCAUGUCUUUUCUCUGACAGCCUCCGGUUUACUUCCCGACAUCCUUCUUACCCUAGUGACUGCCACUGUCCAGUUGGCUCAAAGGGGGACCUCUUCUCACCCCAGAGAGUUUCCUGUUGCCAACAUAUUGUCUCUUGGGAUUCUGGGAAGAGCCCAGGGAUGUGGAAAAUGGUGGUAGCAAUGACCGGUGAAGGACAGGUUUUAAUAGAAAGAUCCACCUUCUUAUUUUAUAUUGCAUACAUGACACUCUUGCAGAGCAAAUUUGUAUGUUAUUGUAGCUUAAAAUAAUCUGGUGCCUGAUGGUUUCACCUAACUGUGUGGGAGUGAUGACAUUGCACCAAAAUUAUGUUUAAGAUAAAAGGGAGGCUUUCAGAGAGGCAACCUGAUCUCCCAACCUCUGUAAUCUGAGAUGGUCCCAGGGAAGAGAGAAGAUUGGGUCUUCUCUGUUUCUUACAUUCCACACACUUUUGGAGAACCUAGGGGGAUGCAAGCUCUAGUAUAGAUGUGAAAACACAGCCACUGAAGUUACUACUGGGGAGUGAGAGGACUGUCCGCUCCCAAGGGCUGAUGAGAACAAGCAGGAUCUGAUAUCUGCCCAGAGAGCCAGAAAAGGAAAUGACCAAGUAUUUUAAUUCUAGUUGUUCCCUUUACUUUGGAGGCCUGAUAGAAUACCCAGUAGUUACACCUGUGAAACCAGGCAUCCUGGGAAAACUUCAGUGCUAGGGAGAACUAAGCCAGUUCUCUUGUCUCAAACACCAUGCUAAUAACAAUAAUUUUAAAAGGUUGGCCCUAACAAAAUACUCAGAGAGGCAGAUGGGAAAGGAGUCCUGGGGAAAUGAAAUCUUCCAGUUAGUACAGCUGUAUUUCUUGGAGGGAGACUGUCCUGUUAGAGACUGGGCACAUGGUUUGAUCUGACAAUGUGCUCAAGGAGCAUCACUUUGAGAUUAGGACAGCCUGUGUUGUGACAAAAGAAUUCACAUGUGGCUUUCUCACAUUAGUGUCUGGUUUGUUUCCUUGAGAGUGGGGAAGAUCCACCUUUCCAGACCUUCAUGCUUUAGUUUGGUUCCAUGUGUCAGUUUACUUAUUGGGGUGGGAUAUGAAAUCUUGGGAUCCAGUUCUGUUUUGUCUUUGCCAGUGCAAGUCUGUGACAGGGAACACUGCGCAACAGAAAAUGUGAGGGAGGAAAGAGAGCAGGAACGGGGAGCUGUGUUUGAGCAGUGCACAAAGAUGUCUUGCUCUGUGCCCAAUAGACUAUGCAAAGUUUAUUUACUUCCUAAGCAGUGGAAAUCUUAUUUAGCCUCCCUCCCAAAAAAGAACCCUGUUUGUGAGCUCUUACCAGUACUGCCUGUAAAAGCUAGGUUGUCUUUUUAAAUAUCAAAAGGUAAGGUUUCACUGACCAUUAAUUUCUUAGUCCAGAAAUAUUUUUUUUCAAUUUGCGUGCUAUCCCAGAAUGUGCACAGCUGUUUCGUCAUGCUCUGGCAAUAGAAACACUACCUGCCAAGGUAUUUGUGUUUUUUUCACAACAUGAAAACUAGGAACUUGUAUCUUGACAUGAAACCUCUCACGCUUACAAGUUUCAGUUAACAUGAAAGGCAAGAAUCACUAGGUAGCAAGCAUCACAUUUUUAAACAUUCUUAAGAUGAGUUGCCAUGAAAAAAAGCACAACCAUAUCAGUAACCCCCUUUUUUGUUUUUGUUUUCAGUUUCUAAAAAAUGUUAUGUGCUGUCUUUUCCCUUCAAAGUUUGGGUUCCUUGCAAUAUUAGCUAAAUAGUCCAUAUUCUGCUUUACUAGGGUUGGUUCUGCGCUGACAUCUAGUGGCCACUUAUAAAAAGUGGCUUGUAUUUCUAUGGGGAAUCCCCAGCUAAAGAGUCUUACAUGAAAUCCUGGAAACCUGUAGGUGAUAGAUCUUCUUUGGGCUACCUUGGGCUCCCAAUAGAAUCUUCACCCCUUGACUUUUGUUGCAUUCAGUGGCUCAGAGUACAACGUUCUCUGAAACCUGGAAUCAUUUUCAGGAUGCCAUGCCUAUAUGCAUGGUUCAGGGUAGGCUAAUUGUCACCUUCGAGCCCUGGAUCUCAGAUGUUUUGUCAGUUUUCAAAAACUCAUCCAUCCUUAGCAUAUACAGUGGUAGAACUGUCUGGCAAUCCCUGUUACAUACUGCGGUAUUUUUUACAUUGCAUCAGAGGGGUCGGGUUCUUUUUUUUUUUUUUUACGUGAGAUGCAUGAUGGGAAAUUUGAGAAUGGGACAUCGUACAGUAGGCUUUUUAUUUCAUUUUAUCCCACUCUUCUUCCAAGGAGCUUGGGGGCGUCCUACAUCAUUCACUCCUCUUCAUUUCAUCCUUGAAACAACCCUGUGAAGAUUGUUUGGCUGAAAGAUGGCAAUUGUCCAAGGAAAUCCAGUGAACCUUGUGGUGGGGGAGAGUUUUUAAGAUAGAGACUCUCCAUCAAAUGGGGCAGAAUCUACCCCAUUUGAAGCUACAGGUAGAUUCCAACUCUGAAUGAACUUUCAAAUUAAAAAAAAUCCAUGGAAUGUUUUUAAUAGUAACACUAAAGGGAGGAAGAUUGUCCCCUACCCACUUUUUCUUGGUGUGCUAGUUUUGUCUUUGCAGGGAAAUUUUGACGUAGGGAAGCAUUCCAAAAUAUCUUUCACCUUCACUUUGAAGUGGCACAGUCCAUUCUGUUCAGAUCCCAGCCAUCUCAUUCCACAAGUGAACUAGGAUUUAACUACAUUAUGAACAGUUCUAUGACAACUUUUAGAGGAGCAGCAGUAGUGUAGUGAUUAAGAGCAGGUGUACUCUAACGUGGAAGAACUGGUUUUGAUUCCCUGCUCUGCCACUUGAGCUGUGGAGGCUUAUCUGGGGAAUUCAG